AUGAGUACUAGCAGCAAUAACGCUAAACUAAUGCCUGGUUUUCCAACAAAAUCGGCAACCAUCAACAUUGAUAACAAGAACGUGUUAAUCAGUGAUCUGUCCGAGACUCCAGGUGGUACAAUCUAUGGAACAACUCCAGGUGGUACUCGUCGUGUUUAUACCAGAAAUGCUUUGUUGUUUUACCGCAACUCACCAAUGGCAAAAAGUCCACCAGUGAAUUUGCCAAACAUUCCUGGCAUUACCUCUGAAGAGGACCAAUCUGAGAUGUACACGAAAAAGAAGAAGGAAGAGGAUGAAGAGGAAGAGGAAAUUGUUCCAAGUGAUGACGAAGAACAAUUCCAAAUGGAUUAG